GAUGAAGCAGGGCUUUUUAAGCGGAACUGUAACGUUACUAGCAAAGCUCAAUGUGACUUUUCUGAGCUGGUCGCCAAACGUUGCGAUUAAAAUGUUUCUCACCGCCGUCAAUCUUGCCAAGAGCAAAUCAAAGACCGUUCUGGUUCAGAUGAUGAGCGCAGCAGGGACAGGUUACUGCUUCAACACAAAGAGAGGACGACUAAGAGACAAACUGGUCUUGCGAAAGCAUGACCCUUUUGUGAAUAAGCAUGUUCUUUUCUUUGAGAAGAAGAAGAUCCGCUCUAUCUGAGCACGGACCAGACUUGAACUGAUGAUACGGACACUGGGAGAAGUUCAGGCUCUUUUUGUACUUAAACAUGCAGCUUGUAUGCAUUGUUUAAGGUUGUUGCCAAGGACCGGAUAUAUGAGUAAGAGCUCAAGGAAGCUGACCAACGUCAGACAUAUCAAACGGCUCACAAUACCAUCAAGAAUGACGAGAAGUCCCACUGGAACCAGAGGAUGUCUGUCCAUCUAUGAUUAUUAUUUACAGAGAAAGAAUCCUGCAGUGGUCGGCGUUUAGUUUUAAGUUGAGAAAAUGUCUGUCUUAUAAGUUCCAGCGUCACAGUAAUAUUUAAAAACUUUUGAUUUGUAUUGUUGAAGUUUUGCUAAAAUACAAGAAGUAUAUCGUAUUAGACGUAAGUAAUGUCUUUUUAUUUAAACACAUUAAAGCAGUUAAACAUGAGGCCAUUAAGAGCCCUCAGCUUCAUUCAUAUGAAAAGAUGUUCCUGUAUUAACAUUAACAAAAAGAAUUAUUAAUAAUUUUCAUUAAUUACUUUGUUUAAUAACACAUGCAGUCCCUUGCAAAAGUAUUUUACUACCUUUUGUAUACUUUUGUCAAACCUCAGAUCAGACCAAGCUGAGAAGUGAGUCCCAAAAGUGCUGAAAACCGCAUUAAAUGCUUGCUCUGUUGUCUCCGUUGUUAAGGUAACUUGGACACCGCAAAUCAUGUCCACCCAAACUCAAGGACCCUAAAUAGCAUUGUUUAGGCAAAGAAGGUAAAUAUAAUAUCACAGGGUUUCCAUGUGAGCUCUUUCUUCCUUAGUAAUCAUGAUGUGGAAGCUGCUUUAUUCUACCCAUGCACUGUCUAACAGAGCCUGCUUCCAAUUACAGCAUCUAAACAAGAACUAGUCAUAAGAGAAGCUUAAAGUUAUGAUGUGUGAUGCAAAGCCAUCCCUGUCUCUGACCCUUGAAACAGUCCAUAUAGUGUGCCACGGUGAUGGCAACACAGCAUAACUAGACUACUAAAACCCUUAGGGCCAGUUUCCCUGACCCAGAUUAAGCCUAAGCCUAAACUAAAAAGAAUUUUCAAUGGUGAUUCACUGUUGGCACAUCAGUUUAGUCCAAGACUAGGAUUAAUCCAUGUCUGAGAAACCAGCCCUUAAUGUUUAACCAAAAGCAGGAUAAGAUUUAUUGCAGCGACUUAAAAAUUAACAAAAGGAAUGUCUAGUUUGUUAAAUUUUACUGUGCAAACCUUAAUUGUGAGUUUGUAAUAUAACUGUUAUUUGUAAUGCACCAAAAAAUGCUGGCCUGACCUGCCCAGUCUUGAAAACCUCAUGACUACAGUUUACUCAAAGCUUUUAUUGAAGGG